AUGUUCUUAAAACUCACUCUGUGCCUGGCUGCCCGAUUCAGCGCUGCGUUCCCUGCAGCUGCAGUUCAGUGUGGGCGACGCACCCUCUGCCCGGCGGCAGCCAUGUUGGGAGCCUGGCUGUGGGGAGCCCAGCUGGCCGCCAUGCUCGUGCUGAGGGGCCAGCUUCGUAGUGUGGAGGUUAUAUUUGCCUCUGUUACGUUGUCUCAUAUCACACAGCUGGUUCUGAGUCACAACAAGCUUACAACUGUGCCAGCAAACAUCGCAGACCUGAGAAACAUAGAAGUGCUCAACUUUUUCAACAACCAGAUUGAGGAGCUGCCUACACAGAUUAGCAGCCUUCAGAAGCUCAAACACCUUAAUCUUGGCAUGAAUAGGUUAAACACCUUGCCAAGGGGAUUUGGUUCUUUGCCAGCUCUGGAGGUUCUUGACUUGACUUACAACAACUUAAGUGAAAAUUCUCUACCAGGAAACUUCUUCUAUCUGACCACCCUGCGUGCACUCUAUCUAAGUGACAACGAUUUUGAAAUCCUGCCGCCAGAUAUUGGGAAGCUCACAAAGUUGCAGAUACUGAGUCUUAGAGACAAUGACCUGAUAUCACUGCCUAAAGAAAUUGGUGAGCUCACUCAGCUUAAGGAACUUCAUAUCCAGGGAAAUCGUCUUACUGUGCUGCCCCCAGAACUAGGUAAUUUGGAUUUGACUGGUCAAAAGCAAGUCUUCAAAGCAGAGAACAAUCCUUGGGUUACCCCUAUUGCUGACCAGUUCCAGCUGGGAGUGUCUCAUGUUUUUGAAUACAUUCGUUCAGAAACGUAUAAAUAUCUUUAUGGCAGACACAUGCAGGCAAAUCCUGAACCUCCAAAGAAGAACAAUGACAAGUCAAAGAAGAUCAGCCGUAAGCCUCUGGCAGCCAAGAACAAAUAAGUCCCUGGCUUCUGCCUCUGUUUUGUAUCUUUUACAUUGCUUUUGCAUGUGCCUAUAAUAUUCCUACGCAUCUCCUGUUACUCAUAAGAAAGCAGACACUAGAGGUAAAAGCAAUUUACUAUCUGUACUGCUUUAGAAGAUACUGCUUAAGGAAAACAAAAUUAUGUAUUCUCCUAAUUAUGGUCACAUUUAUGUAGCCAUUUAAUAUAUCACUGUCAAACACAUUUUAGCUUUUCUAUUUAUAUGUAUAUUAAUGUCCUCUCUUCACAUGUGUCACGUCCUGUUAAUAUCAGGGGGUUUUCACCUAAUAUUAUACGAUAUUAAAUUUCAUAUAAUAUUCC